AUGGCAAAUAGUGGUGUUCCCUUUCAAGUUCCAUUGCUCACAAAGAGCAACUAUGAAAAUUGGAGUCUUAGGAUGAUGGCUAUCCUAGGAUUACAUGAUGUGUGGGAGAUAGUCGAGAAAGGCUUCGUUGAACCGGAGAAUGAUGGUGGCUUAUGUCAAACACAAAUAGAUGGUUUGAGAGAUUCAAGGAAGAUAGACAAGAAGGCUCUCUGUCUAAUCUAUCAAGGAUUAGAUGAAGAUACAUUUGAGAAGGUUGCUGGUGCAAGGACGUCCAAGGAAGCAUGGGAGAAGCUUCAGACAUCUUACAAGGGAACAGAACAAGUUAAGAAGUUACGACUUCAAACUCUAAGAGGAGAAUUUGAAGCAUUACAAAUGAAGGAAGGAGAACUCAUCUCAGAUUACUUCUCAAGAGUCUUGAUUGUUACUAAUAAUCUAAAGAGAAAUGGUGAGAAGUUAGAUGAGGUGAGAAUCAUGGAAAAAGUUCUUAGAUCGUUGGAUUCAAAAUUUGAGCAUAUUGUCACCGUGAUUGAAGAGACAAAAGACUUGGAGACUAUGAUGAUGGAGCAACUUCUUGGAUCACUGAAGAAAGUGGCCAAAAUCAUCCGAGACGUGGUGGUAGUCAUUUCCGAGGACGAGGUCGGUGAUGGACGAGGUUGGAGACCAUGUGAAGAAAAAUUUAACCAAAGAGGAGAUAAUUCAUCAAGAGGUCGUGGAAGAGGAAAUACAAAAUCAAGGUACGAUAAAUCAAGCAUCAACUGCUAUAGUUGCGGGAAAUUUGGACAUUAUGCUUCUGAAUGCAAAACUCCAAACAACAAUAGAAUUGAAGAGAAGUCCAACUAUGUUGAAGAAAGGAGUAAAGAAAAAGAUAUGCUAUUGAUGGCUUACAAGAAGAAUGAACCAAAUGAGGUUCACAAGUGGUACCUUGAUAGUGGUGCAAGAAAUCACAUGUGUGGGAAUAAGAGCAUGUUUGUGGAGCUUGAUGAAUCGGUGAAAACCAAUGUGGCUUUGGGAGAUGAAUCGAAGAUGGAAGUGACAGGUAAAGGAAAUAUUCUCAUCCGCUUGAAGAAUGAAAAUCAUCAAUUCAUUUACAACGUUUACUACAUUCCAAGCAUGAAGACCAACAUCUUGAGCCUAGGACAACUCUUAGAGAAAGGUUAUGACAUUCGACUAAAGGAUAAUAGUCUUUCUUUAAGAGAUAAAGAAAAUAAUCUCAUCACAAAGACACUAAGAAUGGAGAACAUAGAACUCGACCGAGCAUCGAUCAACGAAGAUGUAAUGUUAUCGAGCGACGUGGAGACCGAAGAAUCGACUGACACAGAGCUCCCGACAUCGAUCGACACCGCCAAGCCGGAAGCAGAACCACAACUCCUUAACAUCUUCUAUGGAGGUGUUAACUUGAGCUACAAAACUACACUCGACACGGUGAGUGAAGGAAAUUUUGUCACUAGGAGUCCCGAAGAUGCUAGACGCCUUAUCGAAAAUGUAGCAACGGAAAAAUCCUAUGAAAAGAUGGAUGAAGAAGUAGGAAAUUCGUUAAAUUCAGAAGAUAAUUCAGAUUUGGUAGAGAUCCAGAAUUCCCUCAAUUCGCUUCACUCUUUUCUUCAGAAUCAACACCGAUCUGAUAUAGCCCAGAUCGAAAAUGAUGCCUUGUCUGAUAUGAAAAAUCAAUUAGAAGACAAGGAAAAGUUCAAUAUCAGACAAGCACUUACUGGCAACCAAAGUCAAGUAGCUGAAAUUGCGACUGCCAUUAAAAGAGAAACAGGACGUCUUCCCGGGAGAACUGAUUUAAACCCGAGACGUCAAGUCAAUGCCAUAGUGUUGCGUAGCGGAAAACGUCUCGCGACAAACACGAAGAACAAAACCGAAAUUGGCAAUUCUGCCAAUGAUGAUGAAACAGGCAAGAGCAAUUCUCAGCCUAUACUUCUUGAUGACCCUGACCCAAAACCUUCUCGCGAAAACAGGAAGUCUACCGCUGAAAAAAAUGAGGAAAAGACUAUAGACUUAGAAGUAGAAGACGAUUCAAAAAUUGUGGCCGAAAUCGAUCGACAGUAUGGUAACCACGUCGAUUGA